AUGAAAGUCGGCGUGAUAAUUUUACGCGACACAGUAACCGUGGUUCAAGAUCGACGUCUCGGCAUAAAUACCAACAACGCCGUGAUCGUUACCAACAUGCCAAUUGCUGGUACCACGAAAAUUUUGGCGCGCGCGCGAAGAAAUGCCGACCACAGUGUUCGUAUAAAAAGUCAUUUCCAAACAAACAAGCGGGAAACGAACUCGCUGGCACCCAGUAGAGACGCCGCUAAUGGCACUCCGAUCACCACGUACGGCGAGCGAACCCUAACGCUAGACAUCGGCCUUAGACGAGAAUUUACGUGGAUUUUUACUAUCGCGGAUGUUGCAAUGCCGAUAUUAGGAGCGGACUUCCUAACCCAUUACAAAUUAUCGGUUGAGUUGGCGUCACAAACCUUAACUGACACUAGCACUAAUCUACAACGUUGCGGUUUCAUUUCCAAGUAUUCGACAAUCGGUCUGACGACUGUUAUACCUACAGCCAAUGGCUACGAUGAGAUAAUACGUCAGUACCAAUCGCUACUGUCACCGUCAACACAAAAUGAACCUGUGAAACACCACGCCACUCAUAGUAUUAAGACCACAGUUCAUUCUCAACCUCGCAGACUCCAUCCGAAAUUUGACCUUUUAAGAAGAUUCAGGAACAUACUAGAACUGUAUUUCUUUCUUGAUUCCUAUCUACAAUGUCGCGUUCCCAUGGACUCCUAUCUGGCCACUGGCAUGGAGACUGUUGUUGACUGUGCCCAAGAUCUUUCUGAUAUAAUUUCAAUGUCUGAUAACAGUGCUUCCCAAAUGGGGGAAAUGAAGGAUAUCAUGCACAAGUUUGUAGAGAUGAAACGUGACCUGCAACAAUAUCUUAUUGCUAUUGACUAUGUGAAGGAACAGUGUAUGAAUAGUGAUGAUGCUGGCCAGAAAAUGUUGGCAUUGUUAAAUGAAAAACUGAAUGUUUUGAGGGCAGGCAAUACAGAAGAGGACAUUAUUCAACAUGAGAUGUACACGAAAAUUUCAACUCUACAGAAACAAAAAGAGAAUGAAGAAAAGAACCAAAAUAAUCAAGGCUCAGAUGAAGAAAUUGCCAUCACCCAAGAAGUGGAGAAUACACGUUGUGCUAUCACUGGAAAAGAAAUGACACACCCUGUACGAAACACAGUAUGUGGCCACAACUAUGACCGGCAAGGUAUUGAGCAUUACCUCAGUACAAGACCCAACGGAAAAUGCCCAAUGUCUGGAUGCUCAAGUGAUUCUCCUGUGCAGCAGUGCAAUUUAGUAGAAAACAAAGACCUGAAGCGUUACAUCGAUAAGAGGAACAGAGCAAAGAGCAAACGUCUGAAACGAGACGAUGACAGGAUAUCGUCCAUCUCAUUAUGA